AUAAAAGGUGUGCUUGAGCACAUAAUUGCGCACUCUACACUCUUAGUUCAGUAGCAACAGACUACCAUGCGGGCCCUUAUCGUAUUCGCGAUCCUGUCGGUGGCGGCUGCUAAACCGAAGCCAGGCGGCAUCAUUGAUGACUGGCACGCACCUGCAAUUCCGUCAUUAAGCUACGUGCAUCAACCAACGGUAGCAGUCGCGCAACCAGUAGCGGUCGCACAACCAGUAGUGCACGCCGCCCCGGUAGCCUACGCCAAACCAGCUGCUACUAGCUACGCAUCAUUCCAACAAAUCGUGCACCCAGUGCAAGUCGCCCAACCAGUGGUGCAUGCAGCCCCAGUGAUCUCGCAGCCUGUAGUCCACGCGGCCCCAGUGGUGCAAACAGUGGCCCAGCACGUCGUGGCUCAACCCGUUGUCCAAACCAUUGCCCAACCUGUGGUCCAGAAAUACGUGUCCGUAGGCUCUUACGGAGGCGGCUAUGGUCAUGGGUGGUAAGGUCUAAAAGGCCCUCUAAAGAGUGUAAAUAUUUUUCUAUAAGCGUUAAGAUUGUGUCCGUAUUGUUGAUGUGGUACAAAAUAAAACAUUUCUCAUCAGUACUGAA